ACAGUCGCAGAUCAGUGACGUAGGUCGUAUAAAAGCAUCUACCGUAUCUGCUUCGAACUGCAUUUGGAUUCAGGAGUUCAUUUCGUGGAGAGAGUAACAUUGUGAAAGUAAAAAUGAGACUCCUCGUUCUAAGCAUUCUGUUAUUAGGUGUAGGGGUGUUUGCAGAAGAAAGAGUCAAGAGACAAGCAACGUACACGUUCCCUGGGCCGCGCAGUGACAGACAACCGUCCCACAGACAACCCAACCCAUACUACGUGGAAGAAGCAGAAGAAGAAGUUUAUCAGCCCCCUCGAAGACAAUUCCAGGCCCAACCGGUGCAACCACAGUAUUCCCCAGCCCAAACCCGGGCUACAGCCCCUGCUGCUCCUCCCCCACCUCCUCCGCCUCCCCAGCAGCCUGCUUAUGAAGCCCCAAGGCCGGCAGCACCAGCCCCAAGAACACAAACACACAGCGCCUCAGCAACUAGGAGAAGAUCUUCAUCAACAUCAUCGAGCAAUAGAGCGAACAAGUAUGGCUCCGCUCCACAACAAUCUUUGAAUGCACAAGAUGACGAAGAAGAAGAACAAGGGCCUGAUCCUCUGACACUCCUGCUUCAAGACUCUCAAUUCAGCUGCAGCGGUAAAAAUGACGGUUAUUACGCAGACGACAGUGUCAACUGCCAGGUAUUCCAUUACUGCGUCGGAGGUGCUAAACAUUCAUGGAUGUGCCCGGAGAACACAGUAUUCCAUCAAGUUCAUCUGAAUUGUGUUCCAGACGCCCAAGACAUUUGUUCUCAAUCUCAGAAAUUCCAUUUCGUCAAUGAAUAUUUAUACAAACCCGUUGAUUAUGAAGGACCCAACAACACAGCCCGAUAUUCCCAACGUUACUACCCCGAUGGAUACGUUGUAGGAGAUCCUCUGGUUGCCCCACAAGAACACUCUCCAAGGAGACCAGCCCCACCUCCCCAACCAUCCUACCAUCCAGAACCAGCUCCUGCUCCCAGACCACCCCCCAGACAAGUUGCUCCAGCCCCACCCCCGCAACCACAGCCAUCCUACAGGCCAGCACCACCUCAACACAGUCAAUCCAGGCCUGCAUCCAGACCAUCACGGCCUGUUGAGUCUUAUCCAGCUGAAGCUGCUCCACCACAAGGAUACAGAUCCGUGCCUGCAAGCCAGCCUGAAGCUGUACCACAAAGAUACCGUCCCCAACAAGCACCUCCUCAGGGAUACAGGGUGGUGCAAGCUCAGACACCACAGGCCGCACCACCACAGCACGCCUCGUACGGCAGCAGCAGCAGCAGCAGUGAAGAACACCAAUAUCCACCACAGCAGCCCCAACAAAGUCGAAGGCCUGUAGCUUCCCAACGACCUACUGCUGCUUAUGGCCCUUCAUCAAGGCAACAAUAUCGUCAACCAAUAAGUGCCAGGUCCGCUGCAGCCGCUUACCAACCAUAUGCUUCCAAUCAAGCUGCAGGUGUUGAAUACGAUGAAGAUUACUAAACUCAGUCAUUUCUUGUAGGAUUUUGAUGAACUAAGUAUUUUUAUAUCAGCGUGUGGUGUGCAUUUUCCAUUUCACGUACGUCCAUUCAUCCAUCGCGCAGUCAACGAACUUGCUUAAUGAUUUCCCACUUGCCGGUACGUGCCUCGUCUUCGAAAUCUUCCGCCAAAAUCAAUUACGUAGUUAAUCAAUGGCAGAGGUCCUUGAGCACACCGACACAACAAGGGUGAGGAAACGCUCUUCCCUUUUCCUCUAAUGGAACGAACAAAAAGAACGAGGUUUAAGCAGCUGUAGAUUAAUAGAUCACUUGUUAAAAUUACUCAAGCGAAGAAAAACUACGGAGACCUGCCGGGAGGUGUUUUGGGAAAUCUAUUGAAUAUAUUUUUUUUUUCUUCAUCCACUUUCUGAGCUUCUUUCGAUUGAAUUUCCCAUUAUGGUGUUUAAAAUUGUUUACACUUUUGUUAAUUAUUUAAGCACACUUUAAUGUGAAAUUUUUCGAUUUUAUUUGAUAUUUAAGUUUUGUAAAACCUGAAAAAUUGGAUGCAAUGAAGUUUUUAAAUUAUUUACAAUCUUGACUAAUUAUUGAAUUCUGUGAGUAAUAUUGUUUCGCGGAAUAUUAGUUGGUAACGACAUUGAUAUUUUGGAACAAAUAUUUUUGUAAACUAUUUCACAUCAUGCAGUAAAGCAACAGGAUUAUAAGGAUUUUUUUUUUUUUUUUUUUUUUUGUAAAAUAACUUCUGAUGUCAUUUUGUAUAAGAUCAUCUUUUACAUUUGAUACCUAAAAUUAGAAUAAUGUUGUUAUUUGAAAUCACAUAACUGACAUCUUUAGUCAAAAUUAAAUAUACGCGAAAUUCAAAGUAAAAGCAAAGUUUAAAUAAAUGAAUUCAAAUAAUAACAACAAUAAUAAAUAAAUAAGGUUAGAGCUUUUUAGUCAACUAAGUGUUUACGAACGAUUUGUAAUGAAAACUGUAAUUACAUUUGGAAAUAUAGAACGCAUGAAAAACUCAUAAUUUAACGUGAAUUAGAAAUACAGUUUAACCAGUGCAGUGCAAAAUUAAGUAAAACACCAAUGUGUACUUUUUCCCUAUUUUGAUGCAAGAAUGCCAACAUAAUCUAACAAUAACUUAUUACAAAAAAGAACAAAUUGAUUUUCCAAAAUGCUCAAUACAAUUUGAAAACAUUCUAAAGACGUCUCACGUUGCAAUUUAACAUUUACUUGAGGGAAAAUUCAUAAAUAAAACAACUCAAUUGAAGCACUUGUAGCUUCAAUUUUUUGAAGUUACCAUACGUGCACAACAGUAUACAUUUCAGGACAUGUUAUUUCUCCUUCAUACAAUUUUACUUUCUUUUAAUUACAUACAUAAUAAAUACUAUUCUAGCCAAAUAUCAAAA